UCAGGCCUGCCGGAAGCGGAAGGAACCCUACCGCAGGAAAUCUCCCACGUGCAAAGAAUUCGCCCCGUGGUUUGGAGAGAAGGGCGCCGACAUGGGGCGUAAGUUGGACCCGACCCAGAAGGUGAAGCGGGGCCCGGGGCGCAAGGCUCGCAAGCAGCGCGGCGCCGAGCAGGAGCUGCGUCGGUUCCUGCCGCCUGAUCCCGAAGAUGGCACAAAGAAGCUGUCCAACCACGCGCGGAGAAGAGCUGCAAAACGGCGAUUCAAAUCUGCCAAGCCACCAUCUGGCAAGACUGUUUGUGCUCUCCAGGAAUCAACAGCUCCAGGCGAGUUGUUGCUGAAGGGGGCCAAGAAACGACCAGCCUCACAAGAUGGCCGCCUGGAUGGCUUCAGUGAUGAAAACGCAGCCUGGCUGACUCCCAGCUCCAUGAAAAAAAGGCCCAGGCCUGAGAAGGGUGAGGAAGAGGCCUUCAGUGGCAGCGACGAAUGGGAAGGGCUCUGUGACAGCGACAAAGAGGACGGAAGUGAUGAUGGGAUGGUGGAUGACUAUGGAGCGUCGUCUUCUGGUGAUGAGGAACUCCUGCCUAUUGAGCAAGCUGCCCGAAAGCAGAAGGGACAGGAUCUCAAUGAGGAUGAAGAUGAGGAGGAGGAGGAGGAAGAAGAAGAAUCCCAGCCCUCACAGGAAGAAACCCAGGAAACAGACCUGCAGCUCAAUGUGGAAACAGAUGAGCGCUUUGUGCUACCCAGCGGUCAGGAAAUAGAGAAAGAAACCGCUCAGCCAGCCAACCUGAUGCUCAUUCACCAGCGCAUUAAGGACAACAUUGAGGUGCUUCAGAAUUUCAGCACGAAGCGAGAAGUCGGCCACUCCCGGCAAGAGUACCUGAUGCUCCUUCGCCAGGACCUGGCCUCUUAUUACUCUUACAGCGACUUUCUGAUCGGGAAAAUGAUGGAGCUCUUCCCACUUUCUGAGCUGGUUGACUUCUUGGAGUCCAAUGAGGUUUCCCGGCCAGUGACUCUCCGAACCAACACUCUCAAAACACGCCGGCGCGACCUGGCACAGGCGUUGAUUAAUCGUGGGGUGAAUCUUGAUCCCUUGGGGAAGUGGUCCAAAACGGGACUUGUCGUCUAUGAUUCCUCCGUGCCCAUUGGCGCCACCCCUGAGUACUUAGCCGGGCACUACAUGCUGCAAGGAGCUUCCAGCCUGCUCCCAGUCAUGGCUCUUGCUCCUCAGGAGAAUGAGCGCAUUCUGGACAUGUGCUGUGCCCCAGGAGGCAAGACCAGCUACAUAGCUCAGCUGAUGAAGAACACAGGCGAAAUCCUGGCCAACGACAGCAAUGCGGAGAGAUUGCACAGCGUGGUGGGGAAUCUGCACCGGCUGGGAGUCACAAACACGGUUGUGAGCCACUGCGACGGACGCCAGUUCCCCAAGGUCCUGGGGGGAUUUGACAGAGUCUUGCUUGAUGCUCCAUGCAGCGGCACAGGUGUGAUUUCCAAGGACCCCUCAGUUAAGACCAAUAAGGACGAGAAGGACAUUUUGCGAUGCGCUCACCUGCAGAAGGAGCUGAUCCUCAGUGCCAUCGACUCAGUCAAUGCUGCCUCAGAGACUGGGGGCUACAUAGUUUAUUGCACCUGUUCGGUCAUGGUGGAGGAGAAUGAGUGGGUGGUGGAUUAUGCCCUGAAGAAGCGCAAUGUCCGUUUGGUGCCAACCGGACUGGACUUUGGCAAAGAAGGGUUUGUCAGGUUUAAGGAGCGUCGUUUCCACCCGUCUUUGAAGUCCGCACGCCGUUUCUAUCCUCACACACACAACAUGGAUGGCUUUUUCGUUGCCAAGCUCAAGAAAUUCUCCAACACAAUUCCUAAGGCUCCACAAGAUAAGGAACCUACUGAGGAGCCAGGUCUGCCGUCCACAAAGGAGGAAUCUGCCCCAGUUGCGGCUGCUGUUCCUCUGCCAGCAGGGAAGAAACCAAAGGGUCCAAAAGGCGUUAAGGAGCAGACUGCAAAACAGGCAUUUUCAGCAUCGACAGCUGCCAAUACCCCACCUCAAAGAGAGUUGAAAGCGAACAAGCGGAAGAAAUGGGCCCUGGCUGCACAAAGAAGCUCCUUCCAGAAGCGGCCCAGACCCUCAAAGGCUGCCCGGCCCUCUCCUGGAGGUCCAAGGGCCCAGCCAGCCCCCGGCAAGAAACGCAGGAUGCCCCGGAGCCGCCCAUAGGGGGGGUCUGUCAUUGACAAGCACUUGUCUGGUGCCAGUAAGACUGAGGGAAAGUGGGUCCCCUGUCCAAGGCACAUGUUCUGGUGCAGUUUUGUGCUAGAUUGGCCCUUGGAUGCUCUCCUUGGUGGGUUUGGGGCCCAGUUUCUGUUAUUUAAUUUAGCUCUUUGGUCACGCUGUCUGAUUGAGAUUUGUCUGUCAUUAAAGAUUUUCUACUUGGUUGCAACAUA